AUGAAUUACUCAUUUUCCGUUCGUUUAGUAACAGCGCUGGCGCUGCUGCCCUUUGCGCAAGCAGCGAAGGAGGUCUUUGCUCACUUUAUUAAGGCUUCCAUCGAUGGCUUCGUUCUUAAUAUUGCUUCGCAAGACGAAAGCAACGCCAACUCCCUGGCCAAUGCCUUCCGAGCUGCCAAUGCUGUCAACUUCAAGCUGUUCUUCUCUUUUGACUAUAACGCACAAGCUCCUUGGUCCAAAGAUGCCGUAACCGCCCUGAUCAAUCGCUGGGCGGAUGAGCGCUCGUAUUUCAAGCCUGACAACACCUACCGACCUUUAGUUUCCACCUUCGAGGGACCUGAUUAUGCGGAAGACUGGCGCGAUAUCAAGGAUAAGACCAACUGUCUUUUUAUCCCAGACUGGUCUUCCCUCGGCGCUGCAAACGCAGCCACAAAGGCGGGUGGUGUUGUGGAUGGACUAUUCAGCUACGCUGCUUGGCCAAAGGGGCCUUCUGCCAUGACCACAGAAAUGGAUGAGCAGUAUCGGACCGCGUUAAAGGGUCGUCCUUACAUCAUGCCGGUCGCCGGGUGGUUCUACACCAACCUGCCCAGCUGGAACAAGAAUUGGCUCUGGAAGGGAGAUGAGCUUUGGGACACGCGCUGGCAGCAGAUAAUCGAAUUCCAGCCCGAAUUCGUGGAGAUUCUUACCUGGAACGACUACGGCGAAUCGCACUAUAUCGGCCCAGUCCGCGAGAAAUCGCUUGGGCUGUUUCGGAGUGCAAAUGCACCGCUCAACUAUGCCGAAAACAUGCCGCAUGACGGGUGGAGGAGAUUGUUGCCCUAUUAUAUUCAGCAGUACAAGCAAGGCAGCAAGGGCCUGUCGACCAAGCGGAUCCCUACCACCGUUGUCAAAACUCUGACCACUAUUGUCACCGCGCCAGCUCCAUCGCCGACGUCAACUGUCUUCAGAGCCGCGGAGCAGGUGGCACAGCAAGACUUCGCUGUGCCAGAAGAGGCGGUUGUAGCCUAUUAUCGUAUUAACCCAGCAAAUGCUUGUAACAACGGCAACACGACUGGCAAUGACCCGAAAUAUCAGGAGGUGUACGCACCAGAUGAGCUCCUGCAGGAUAACAUCUUCUUCACCGCCUUGUUGGCAGAGCCAGCCGAUAUCAGCGUUUCGAUCGGCGGGAAGGACCAGAAGGCCACCUUCUCGAAGACGCCGCAGAACGGCAGAGCAGGAAUUUACUCGGGCAAGGUGUUGUUCACCAACAGCAUGGGGGAUGUGGUGGUGUCGGUGUCGAGAACCCUGGAAGACGGGACAACGCAGCUAAUCGCGCAGGCGAAGGGAGGACCAGCUAUCACGACGGAAUGUGUGGGCGGAAUGGUGAAUUGGAACACAGCUGUUAUCAGCUCCUGAUAGAAGAGCUUAAUUGUUAUUAUCUUUGUAA